AUGGCUGAUGAGCCCAUUCAAUACGGCCGGGUGAAAAUUCCCCAGGGCUUUCCCAAGGAAGAGGAUUACGAUCCACCGCCUGCUCCUUCACCCUAUUUCGACCUGUGGUUGCUCCCAGACCCCCCGGACGAUGCAUGCGUUUGUUUCAACCGUGCAUGGACUGCCUUUGAAAAUGAGCGCGCGUUGUCCAGAGGCGUCUUGGGGACUCUUGCAAAACACCAUUUUUGGGGCAUCGACUGGCACCGUACCUACAAAAUGAAAAAGAGUGUCAUUUUAAAGGGCCUUUGGAAGCUUUUCUACUAUAUGCCUAAACGUAACCGACCUCAGACCUUGGGUGAGCUGGUUGAUCUUGAUCGGGAUGCUGGCCCUCGACUCUUAGGAUAUGAACCACGCGAAGCAGACCCUCAAAACUUGCAAAACGCAUCGAACCACGGGCUAGGUAGCCAUUUUGAUGAUGGAACAACAACUGCCGGGAAGCUUUCCGCCAGGACUAUAGUUCCACCCCAGCCUGUCAGUAUCCAACACCCCCGUAUGCCUCCUGCGAUGCAAGAUCGUGCUAGUUACGACCCGCCAUUCACUAUGCCGGAGGAUGCAAAGGGACUUAACUUACGUCCAAGUCAUGUUCGGCAAUUUCUCUUCCCGCUAUACAGGAUAAUGCUUCCCAAAGAGCCCUGGACUCCCUUGGACCCUGUGGAUGCACCCGAGGUAAAGCGUGAACCUCCAACACGACGAGAUAAGCUGAUCCUACGAAGACAACAAGCCUCAGAGCUUAAUGAAUCCGAGAUCCCCAGACUUAGUGAUGGAAAUCCUCCUUCUAGUGAUUACCCUCCACUUCCCAGGCCAAAUUACGCCACCGAGAAGAAGGUCAAUGAAGCGAUCGUGGAAUCCUUGAUGAAGCUCACUUACCAUGAGCUUCAAAGGCAUGACACUGCACCAGCGCGUGGAAUGGCACCAUAUUUCCUUGCAGAAAACCCCACGGAUUUGGAUAUCAUCCAGGUUUGUAUGGGGACCAGAGUUUUUGAGGUGAACAUUGACCUCAAUAGCCUUGAGAUCAGCCCCCUAGGGAAGUUAUGCCAAUAUCAAGGCAGAGGCCCGGUGGGAUCUGUCGCUACUGCGUCCAUUGACACCAUCAUUGUUAUGGGAAUGUUGACCGAAGCCGGCUGCACUGCCAUCGAUCGUUAUGUGGGGAGACAUGAGCUCUUCGAUGAUGUCGAGAUGGCCUACAUUGAGGUGACUAAUAUGAACUGGGACUGCAUGGAUGCUGAACUGUCCGCGGAGCUUCGUGAUUCCUUCUUCCGAAAGCUACACACUAACUAUCCUUCCUUUGCAAUGGGGCAAACUAUCCCCCCUUGGGCGGUAUGGGCGAAGCUAACGAGAAACUUUGCGCAAUUUCAAUACACAUUUCAAGACCGCUCUCAUUACUGUGGGUGCGAAAACAAGACCUGCGAGGAUAGCCCUGUCACGAUUGGCAACUGCCUUUUGCCCCCUUUUAAACCAGAGGACCGCGAUGGAGUCACUCCAGGCGCUCUGGUCAGCCGGAAACUAAGGAGUCGAGCAUAA